UUCGCGGGCACCAAGUUUGAUAAAAAGCAAAUGAUUUUGUUUGUGUAGUUUGUUUUGUUUCAUUAAUUAAGUGUAAGUCCAAACUUCCAAAGGGAUAAAGUGAUGUUUGUGUAACAUUUUCGAAAACGCCAUGUUCAUAAUUAAAAGAAGUGACAAUUUUGACUUAAACAAAUUCCUGCAGAUAGUAUUGGCUUUAUUUCUAUUUGUUUAUCCUAUUUAUCAAUACUUCUACUCUCAGAAAGGUCGUGAAUAUCCGGUAUCUUUACUUGGACCUUAUGAUACCACAAUCGUAAAUACAUCAGACAUUUACGACCAAUUGUUAGAUUUGAAAUUCUCAUUUCUGGCUAACGCACAACCGUGUCGAGAUAAUCUAGCUGGGAUUUUGUUGGUGAUUAUUGUUUCUACGAGGCCUACUAAUUUUGCUAACAGAAUGGCUAUUAGAAAAACAUGGGGAAAGACAGUGGACUCAACAAAAUUGGUGUUUUUAUUAGGAGAAGCUGAUAACAUUACAAAUCAACUGUUAAUAGAGGAAAUUAAAUUGUAUGGGGAUAUUGUACAAGGGAAUUUCAUAGAUGCUUAUAAAAACCUGACUUAUAAACAUGUGAUGGGGUUGAAAUGGGUAACGCACCAUUGUCCAAAGGCUAAAUAUGUAUUGAAAACUGAUGAUGACAUAGUUGUGAAUAUUAAAGAGGUGUGGAAUUAUUUGGGCAGAGUUUUGUCACCAUUCGGCGCGAAAAGUUUGAUAAAUUGUCACAGAUAUGAGAAUUCUUUAGCCCAGAGGAAUGAAAAUUCCAAAUAUCAAGUAACACUGGAUGAAUAUAAGGACUAUUAUUACCCGGCAUAUUGCGGAGGCUGGGCGAUCAUCUACUCCCAAGAUGUCAUAUCAAAACUUCUAGAGGUCGCACAGUCCAUAUCCUAUUUUUGGAUAGACGAUGUCCAAAUCACUGGAAUUUGCGCCCAGAAAAUCGGAGUGCCUCGGAAGCCACUCGGUAACCGUAUUUUGACCAGGGAUAUAUCGGAAAGUUUCCUAAAAUUAGGCCCAAACUAUUUCGGACCAUUCCUCUUUGGACCACCAGAUCUGACGAUUUACGAUAUAUUGAAUACAUGGGAUUAUUUGGUAAAAGAGAAAGGAACUUAUACUAGGUAAAAAUGAAAAGGUGCGCACAAAAAUUUCUUAUUUUUAUGGUUUAUUUAUACCACAGGGUUUUUAGAAUAUACACGCAAAUUUAUAACCCUAAAAUCAGAGUUUAAAAGUUGGUUAGUCAGUACAUAUAUAACUUUAUAUAAAUAUAUAUUAUACAUAUGUUUGUUAUAUAAAAUCAUGUUGUAGUUUAGGUAUUUCACUGUGAUAAAAGUCAUACAAAUUGUAUUUUUGUAUUAGUAAAGUUUUGUGGUUAUUUAAUUUUAAAAUCUCUGAAUGUUUUAAACUAAUAUUUA